CUCACCGCGAUUAUUUUUCACAGUCGCUAAAUAGCAAUCCAGGAACAAAAAUAUAGAUCACUGUCGUGCGGAACGGACUACGCACAGAGUCUCGAACGGAUAACAAGAAGCAUCAGUUCAAUAUUCGAUUCGGUUGUGAAAAUUAAAAUAUGACAAAAGCCAGAAAGCUUUCGUCGCGAAAAAUUAGUAAUCGAUUCGAGGUCAUCGUCGCGUCGGUGGUGCUAGUGGCAUUAACCGUGGUGUUGCAAUCGUGCCGUGUGUGUGCAGCAGCAGCUCCUAAUCUUGCUGACGAGCAAAACAAGGAACAGAGCCAGCAGAUAAAUGGUGUUCUACGGAUACAACGUAGUAUCGGUGCUGGUGGUGACGGGGGAGGCGUGGAGAAAAACAGUGUGGCAGAAGUGGCAGCGGUAAUUAAUUCGGGUCAAAACCUAGUACUCCAUGGCAUUCGGGUUGAACACGCCAAGAAGGAACCGGUUAUAGACGACGAUGCUGUUCCGUCUGUGUUGGCGCAAUCGUCCGUGACGCUCCGGCUAUUUGGCACUGGACUGAAUGAGAACACGGUGGUGAUUUUUACACAGGAACAUAAUGUGUAUGGUGGUUCGUGUCUGGUUCCGGUGACGAAGAAGUUCCGCGUUAACAAGGACUCAAUUAGCGAACAUAGUGCAUUGGUCACAAUCGAGCUUCCUCCGACCACGAGUGGGAAGUAUUUUUAUGUAUGUGCAAAGUAUGAGACAUCCAAUGAGACUGCUUUUGAACAGUUGGCCCGGUCGGUGGAACCGUUUAUCCAUCAGGGCUCCAAUCCGUGGAUGCGUAUGACUAGCCACGAGUCAAUGUUGCCGAUUUGGUGCGCGAUUUUGAUCAUCAUAGUGUGUUUGAUGUUUUCCGCUUUAUUCUCCGGUUUGAAUCUGGGACUUAUGUCGCUGGAUAGAACUGAUCUGAAGAUUUUGUGUAACACGGGAACUGAAGAGGAAAAGCGAUAUGCUCGCGCCAUUCAGCCCGUCCGCGAUCACGGAAACUAUCUGUUGUGCAGUAUUCUGCUGGGUAAUGUGCUGGUCAACUCUACGUUCACCAUUCUGCUGGACAGUUUAACAUCCGGAUUGGUUGCUGUCCUCUGCUCGACAAUCGCGAUUGUGAUCUUUGGUGAGAUAACUCCACAAGCUGUCUGUUCACGUCAUGGGCUGGCUGUCGGAGCUAAAACAAUCAUAAUAACCAAAGCAGUAAUGAUGAUAACUUUCCCAUUAUCCUAUCCGACAUCGAAAGUGCUCGAUUAUUUACUUGGCGAAGAAAUUGGCAACUUUUACAAUCGGGAACGCCUGAAGGAACUCGUUAAAGUCACGACCGAUAUCAAUGACUUGGAUAAAGAUGAAGUGAACGUUAUUUCGGGUGUUCUUGAAUUACGAAAGAAAACCGUGGAGGAAGUUAUGACCCGCAUAGAGGAUGCAUUUAUGUUGUCGAUGGAUGCUGUACUGGACUUCGAAACAAUCACUGAGAUAAUGAAAUCCGGUUUCUCUCGUAUUCCCGUAUACGAUGGCGAUAGGAAGGAUAUUGUUACCCUGCUUUACAUCAAGGACUUGGCGUUCGUCGAUCCGGACGACAAUACCCAACUGAAGACGCUGUGCGAGUUCUAUCAGAAUCCGUGUCAUUUCGUGUUCGAAGAUACGACUCUGGAUGUGAUGUUCAAAGCAUUUAAGGAAGGCCAUAAAGGUCACAUGGCAUUUGUACACCGUAUAAACAACGAAGGUGAAGGUGAUCCGUUCUAUGAAACCGUUGGAUUGAUCACACUAGAGGACGUCAUCGAGGAACUGAUCCAGGCGGAAAUUAUGGAUGAAACGGACGUUUUUACAGAUAAUCGCCGCAAGGUACGCCGCGAACGUUCCAAACUUCGUCAGGACUUUACCGUAUUCGCACAGGGACGUGAUACAAACUCUCAGCGUUUACGCAUUUCCCCACAGCUCACAUUGGCCACGUUCCAAUAUUUGAGCACAUCAGUGGAAGCAUUUAAGGAGACUGUUUCUGAAACGAUUCUUCGUCGUCUGCUGAAUCAGGACAUUGUGCAUCAUGUCAAACACAAAGGAAAAGACCGCAACGAUCCGAGCAUGUUCAUCAUCACCCGUGGAAAGCCGGUGGACUUUUUUGUGCUUAUCUUGGAAGGUCGCGUUGAAGUGACCGUCGGCAAAGAGAACUUAAUUUUUGAAAGCGGCCCAUUUACUUACUUUGGAACGCAAGCCUUGUCCCAGAAUGUAGGCGUGGACAUCCCAGUGGACUCGCCUCAGCAAAUAAUGGGUUCGCUGCAAUCCCUCAACAUGGACGCAAUGCUGCGUCACACAUUCAUCCCGGAUUACACGGUCAAAGCGGUAUCCGAGGUGGUCUACAUUCAAAUCAAACGUAAUUUGUACUUAGCGGCCAAACGUGCUACCCUAAUGGAGCGUUCGCAACGUUUCGGUUAUCAAUCAUCGAUGGAGCCGAUCGACGACGAGGUAGAGAAGCUGUUACACUCGCUGGAUGAAGACGAUCGCAGCUACGGAGCGGAUACCGUGGCCAAUCUACACACUCCGAAGGCCAGCAAACCGACCAGCAAUGCCCCGUCGCCGACGACGGUGCUAUCCGACCACAACAAUGGACCAGUGCCGCCCGGGAACCUCGGAGUCAGUAUCAUCAACAGCAUGCGCAGCAAUAGCCUCGCCGUCACGUUCGACGAAUCGGAGAAACCGCUGCUGACCCGUUCCAAAUCUUAAUGUUCUAUCUUCCUCACUGAAACUGUUUUUUUUCGAGAUGUAAGUUGAUAGUCAUGUUUGUAGUCCUGGUUGUAGUCAAAGAUUAAUAUUAUCAUUAUGGAAAUCAAAUCAAAGCUAUUAUCUAUAUAAGAUAAAUUAAUAAAAUAAUACAAAGUUUUAUAAUUUUUUCUCUAAAAGUUGGUAAUAAAAAAUUAAAAAUA